CAUGUCGUAGGUCGUUUGCAGAUUGCUUGGUCGAUUGAUCCAUAUGAAUUACAUAGGCUAAGUUCAGAUUGUCACGUAUGGCCUGUCACUCACAUUUCAAGUGAAGACGUAAAAGCAGCUAGAGUAAAGAUAUCUAAGGGCAUUUCUAGGGCGAUAAGGCUUAACAGACGCAUGUGGCCUCUGCUGCUCUAGUUUCACGGUAGUGUUUUAUGUUGUAGACUUGUGAAGAUUCUUUUGUCUAUAUUGUCUGGUCUUACCAGCCAAUAUUUCGUCUGCUUGCAGUCAGACCUAGCCAGUCUAUUACAAUAACAUAGCUAAUGAAACUGUUCUACACUUGUUGGAAUUAGAAAUAGCGAGUCAGAAAUUUACAGGUGCAGAACUGGGUCAAGCUUCAGUUUAAAAUGGCAUCACGUAUGUAUACAGUAUUCAUGCUGGUUGGUCUGCUGUCAGUACCAAAAGUUAUUGCAGACAUUGGCUCCUUCUGGCACGUGACAGACUUCCACUAUGACUCCACUGUAUUCACCAGUCAGGACUCGUGUACCUCUCCUGUAGCAGACAUUGAGCAGAAGCCGUAUGGUGACUAUCUCUGUGACUCCCCUUGGUCCCUCAUCAACAGCUCCGUACACGCCAUGAAGCAGAUUGAACCUAACGCAGACUUUAUACUCUGGACAGGGGACAACGCACCCCACAUCGACGAGAGCAAGGACAGCUCUGAAAAUAUCAUCAAUAUCAUUUCUAAUCUGACUAGUAUAUUAAUGGACGUCUUUCCGAAUACGAAAGUGUACGCAGCUCACGGUAACCAUGAUUACUUCCCUCACAACCAACUUCCGCCGCAUGAGAAUGAAAUUUACCACGCAGCAGCAAACAUGUGGCAACGGUGGCACCGCGAUUCCACGGCCAACACUACAUUAAGAAAAGGUGGCUACUACAUGGUCAGUAUCAAACAAGGGUUGGUGGCUGUUGUGUUGAACACAAACUUGUAUUAUAACAGCAACAAAGUGACUGCUGACAUCAGUGACCCCGCUGGACAAUUUCAGUGGUUUGAUCAGGUCUUAGAUCAGGCAGCUCAAAAUGGCAAUAAGGCCUACGUGAUUGCACAUAUUCCAACUGGUAUGUACGAGGAAGGCGAUUCAAUGAUAAGACCACAAUUCAAUAAGAAACUGAAUGACCUCAUCAUCAAACACAAGAAUACAAUAGCAGCCAUGUUUUACGGUCAUCACCAUACCGACACGUUUAAGCUUUGGUACGAUCAGGGUGAACCAGUAGCGUUUGGACUGGUAGCACCUUCCGUAACACCAUGGCGUGCCAUUGUUCCUGCCAUCAACUUAAGCACACCUGCCCACAACCCAGGCAUCCGGCUCUUACGAUAUGAUAGACUGACUUACCAACUAAAAGACAUUUGGCAGUAUUACCUGGAAUUGCCUGAUGCAAAUGACAAGUCCAAGGCUCAGUGGAAACUAGAAUACAAAUUCAGCGAGGCAUAUGGCGUUCAAGAAAUUACCUCCACGUCACUGGCGCAGUUGGUGUCCGAUUUGGAGAAGAAGACCGAUGUCUUCAUGAAGUAUUUCCGUUAUAACAUAGUCAGUGCUAAAGGCGAAAGUGUCCCUACAUCCUGUGACACCAAUUGUCAGAGACUUUAUAUCUGUUCUAUUAAAGAAGUAGACGAUGAUAGGCACAGUAAAUGUGUAAAACCCGUUAGCAGUAAUGGUUUCAGGCCCGUGGCGUUUAUUUCCUGGGAUUUUUAUUUUCUUUUUACUGUAAUGAUUGUCUCCGGCUGCGUCAGUAAAAAUCAUUUUUUGUAGUUGUCCCGGAAUUGAUAGUUUUAAAGUUUACCCAUCAAAUGAAAUGUUCUUUGACAUGAAAUAUACAAACUUGACUUUGUAAAUAUGUAUUUUUUUCAAAUCAUUUUUCUUCGAUUUUCCCCCAUUUCUCUAAUUGAUAAACGAAAACAAGAAUUCAAAUCGUGUUUUAAAUAAAUUCAAUAAUAUCAAUAAUUAAUAAUUAUCAUAUAUGAAAGCGUUGUACGCCUAACAAAGGGUAUUCAUAUCAGUGUCUAUUCACGACCAAUGAUGCGUCUGGUCUCAUCUGGCUGCUAACAGGCUAUAAGCAUUGGUUCUGACAGGUUUCUUAAAGUUUGAUCUGGAAUAACAUUCAAGGCAUCGGUCAGAGCCUGUCCGACUUGGUUCAAUUUUGUAGGAUCAAAGGGCCGUUGAAGUGGCGAUCGAGUAAUGACCACCAU